CUCCCAGUUUACGCAACACCGUUCGAGAACUCCUCGGUCGGUGUAGAUCGGACAGCAAAAAAUCAUAAUGGUGUAGUAUGUACAUCAAGGGAAUGCGUUACAAUAGCAGGUUUUUUGGCCGGAAACCUCAACGAUAAGGUCGACCCAUGUGAUGACUUCUACGAGUUUGCCUGUGGCAAUUACGGCCUAAAUCGGAAUCUUCCAGCUAACAAGCCACUUCGGCAUACGAUUAGUGAUGUACAAAGUAGGCUCAAUAAACAAGUGAAGAGUAUACUUCAGAUGCCAAUCUUGGACACGGAAUCGAAGUGGGAUCGACUAGCCAAGGGCUACUAUCAGAAGUGCCUUGAUGAAGACGAACUAGAGCGGACUGGCUUAACUGCCAUCAAAGAGAUCGUUGACUGGGUCGGAGGCUGGCCAACGCUUCAAGGAAGCAAUUGGAGAGAAUGGAACUACUCAUGGGAGCACCAACUGGCGUUGUUGAUGAAUCGAACCGGUGUGAAUGCCGUCAUACUGGAAUUGGCCCUCGACCAACCGAAAUGGGGUGUUGGUUCUCGUUGGCCGUAUCUGAUGGGUCCAGAUGAUCCAAUGCUGAAGAACUACACCCAUCUGAUGACACUCACAGCUAUCGCCCUUGGAGCGGAACCUAAACUGGCCGAAAAAGAGAUGUACGAGGCAAUGGAACUUGAACUGAAAUUGGUGAAUUUCUCCGCAGAUGAUAUGGUACGACGAGAUCCCGAUCGAGGCAACAAUCGAUUCCAAUUGUGGCAGCUGAAAUCUCAUUUUCCA